AUGAUAUUUAAAAUUCCAAAUCAUUCCUCUUAUUUUUGUUCUUUUGAAUUUUGUUUAUUUUGCUUCCAUACAAAGAACUUGGUUGAAAAAUAUGAGACAGAAAGUAGAUUACGAAAACAAGUGGAGAAAAGGCUUGAAGAUGAACUUACACGUCAGAAGACAAAUGAAAGAUUGCUGACUGAUUCUUCAGCAUCUCUCAAAGAACAAUUAGCUAUGAGCAAAGAAAAAAUACAACAGCAACAAGACAUGAUUAAGAGUCUGCUUGAUAAAGCUGAUGACCAAGAAAAGUCAUGGAAAGACCAAGAAGAAGCCUUGGAGUCUAAGAUAAAGUAUUUAGAGGAGGAACUGCAAGAGCUGAAGCAAUGGGAGAAAUCCAGUGCUGAACUCAAAUGUAGCUUAUUGCAGCAAGUGAAUACCUACCAGGAUGAAGUAAAGAAAUUACGCAAUCAGAUCAAGACUUUAAGAGAUAAUCUCAAAACAGUUUAUGAUGCUGAAAAUCAGGAACUCCAAAAUAAGUUAAAGGAAACCCAAAGACAAGUGGAUAAAGAAAAUGCAAACCGUCAGUUCUUUGAAAGCAGAGAAGAGCAACAAAUGGAGAAAAUAAGAGAACUGGAGAAAAUGUUGGAGGAAGGGGAAUCAGGGAAAAAGUUAACUGAACAACAGUUGCUCACAAGAAUAAAGGAACUGGAAAAUCAGUUGGACCAGGAGAAUGUUGAUAAUAAAUUACUUGAAAGCAAGGAACAACGUCUCCAGGAUGAACUAAAGACAUUGGGCACAGAAUUGGAUCAUAUUAAUGUUGGGAGGAAGAUCUUAGAAAGUAAUGAAAAACAAAUGAUAGAAAAAUUACAGAAAUUGGAGAGUGAUUUAGAACAGGCAAUUUCAUGCAAGAAAUUAUUGGAGAGUAAAGAACAGAGGCUUCUUGAUAAAGUCAAGUCACUUGAACAUGAACUGGACAAAGAAUGUUCUGAAAGAAAAACUGCAGAGAAUAAAGAAAGGCGACUACAUGAAACCUCUAAGGGAUUGGAAACUAAGCUGGAUGAUGCUUUAGCGACAAAGAAACAACUCGAAAACAAAGAACGUAGGCAUUUAGAGAAAAUAAAGCACCUGGAGAUCCAGAUAGAAAAAGAAUCAUCUGAGAGAAAACUGGCUGAAAACAAAGAACGUCGUCAGCAAGAGAGAAUAAAGGAACUGGAAAGCAUGCUGGAAAAAGAGCAUUCAGCGAAAUCCUCUUUAGAGGGUAAAGAACGACGUUUAAUGGAUAAAAUAAAAAAUCUUGAGAGCCAACUGACCAAUGAUGAACUGACCAAACAGCAAGCAGAAAAUAAAAUUGUCCAGCUUCAAGACAAAAUAAAAGAUCUUGAAAAACAGGUAGAGAAGAAAGACAAGCAAGCUGAGAUAAAUGAGCAACAACUUGAAGAAAAAUUAAAGCAAUUAAAAGAUGAAGUUAGAGCUUAUUCUUCUAAAGAAAAACUGAAGGAAUCACAUGAACGUCAUUUGAAAACCAGGAUUGAGAGCAAAGAACUUGAAAUUGAAAGGUUGAAAGCAGAUAAGGCAGAAGUGAGAAAACGAGACAAGGAACGCAGGGAGAGGAUAAUGGAAUUGGAGCAGAAACUUGAAUUGGACAACAUAGAGAAACAGAGACUGGAGCGAAAAUCCAAACAAUUGCAGAGGCAAUUAGAGGAUCUUCAACAAGAUGCUGAAAAGUUUUCUUCAGAAAAGAAUGACACUCGAAGACAAGAUCGUCUACAAAAAGAGAGAAUAAAAGAAUUGGAAAAUGAAUUAGAAAGACAGAAGACAUUGGCAAAAGUCAAGCCAGUUGAACUACAGCCAUGUACCAUAAGUGUAAGUCACUUGAGUAAAAGAGCUCCGGAUGAUGCUUUACAAGGACUAAAUUAUGAAAAAAUCCAGUCCCUUGAACAAGACAAGUCUCUCCUUGAAGCCCGUGUCACCACAUUGGAGCAACUGAUUCAAGAGUACCAGAAAAAUAUUGAAACUCUCAAAGCAGAAAUUUUAAAACAAGACAAAUCGAACAAAGAACUUGUCAAAACAUUGACAGAGGAGUUGAUGUCAUGGGAAGAAGAAGCUACUAAUAUGAAAACCAGACUUUUAGAGCAGUUAGAUCAAAUGAAAAAAGAACGAGAUGUAGCUGAACAGAAAUGUCUUUUUUCCAAGAAUGCUGAUGACAAAUGGCAGCUGGAAUUGGAGAAAUCUCAAGAGCAGUUGCUACAUUCGCAGCAGCAAAUAAAAGUUCUCAAAAAAGAUCUUGCUGAGACCCAGAAAGAGUUGAAUCAAGCCAACUAUGAACUUGAGAAAGUGAAAGGUCAGUUAGAAAAGCUUCACUCAGAGCACAAGAUUGUAUCAAAUAAAAUGAUGCAGAGCAAAUUAAAUGAAGAAUCCAAUAAGUCUCUCCAGACAACCAAUACCCAUUUGAAUAAUGAAGUCAAGCUGCUAAAGUCCAAAGAAGAAAAGGCUAUUCGACUUUGCAGGGAAUAUGAAGACCGGUACAAACAAACUGAGCGAGAAAAAAGCUCCCUUGCAAUGGAGAAGCAAUCUUUGCUUGAUGAAUUGCAAGAUUUGCGUCAUCAGAUUGAGGCUGAGAAAAGGACGACUGAAAGCAUGAAGCACAUUUGUAAGGAGAUGGAAUUGCAGAUCAUUGACUAUGAAGGAAUCAUCAAACAAUAUGAAGAAAAGGAAAUGGAAUGGAGCAAUGUCACGCAAGAAUAUCGGAAGGCAUUUACCCAACGUAAAGAAGAUAUGAAAAAUGUUGACCAACGUCUUCAUGCAGAAAUGAUUGCCAGAGAUGCUGACACAAAUAUUAUGAGUUCAUUGACUGAAAAAUUACAGGCAAGCAAAAAUGAACAUGCAGAGGAAGUUUUCACUCUUAAGGAGCGUCUUGAAGAAGCCAAAAAAAAGUUAAACAAAUGUUUCUCUCAGUUGGCUGAAGCAGAGAAAAGGGUUUCCAAAUUGAACAGUGAGAAAAGCGACAUGAAAAAACUUUUGUCAGACGACAAGGAAUACGAGUCUCAGCUGAAAGAACUUUGCUCUAAGCAGGCAAUAGAGUUAGAAGUGCUUCGAGAUGAGAACCGUAAAAUCAAGGACAACUGGCAAGAAGCCAUGGAUAAAUUUGAGAUGAUCUUUGGUGAAAAGGUUGAUUUGGAACGAGUCAUGGAACUACUCCAAAGCACAUAUUGCUUGGAAAAAUAUCGUUUUGAGAACAUGAUGGGUCAGCAAAUGAAGCUAAUUGAUUAUUUGCAAGCCUUGGUCAAUGAUGGAACAAGCAAAAAGAAAAAGUGUGGCAGAUUGUUUGGUAGCUUUAAGAGCAAAGAUGGUGCCCCCAAAAGUCCUGCACAUACUGCAGCUAACAAUGAACUACAAAUGCAAGUGGACACAGAGAAAAAAAAGAAUGUUAAACUACAGGAACAGAUUGAAAAAAUGAGACAGGAAAAUUACCAAUUAGUUGCAGAAGUGCUGAAACUGAAGGCUGAUGAUGGAGAUUCCCGUACUCUUUUGGCAUCCUCAUCAUCCUCUCCUCUAACUAACUCUGCUGUGAUAUCUGCUCUUGGCAAGUCUCCGACAAGUCAAGCCCUAUCCAAAAUGAGCUCGUCUGUGUCGACGUCUGGCUUAAGCAAAAGUGCGCCAGGGACACCAGUUGCUCCAGCCAAGCCACCUAGGACACGCAUGCAUCACAAUAUUCCUCACCGAUUUGUGUCUGGUUACAACACGCGUGCAACCAAGUGUGCAGUGUGCCUUGGCAAUGUGCCAUUUGUUACUCAAGCAUCAAAAUGUGAAGAGUGUCACAUUGUAUGUCAUCCAAAAUGCACGUCAUUGGUGCCUGCCAGCUGUGGCCUGUUACCUGAAUAUAUUCAGCAUUUUACAUCUUUUAUGCGCAAAAUGGACCAACCAGACACAGUGGAUGCAGCAUUUAGCAUGGAUAAUGACCAACAUUCAAGCCCUUGCCAGAUGGCUACCUGGCUCAAAGUACUCAGAAAUGGUAAAAAUAGUUGGGAUCAGCGCUGGGUGAAACUUGAUGGCAGUUUACUGAUGAUGUAUAAAGACCAGGAUGACCCAUCUCCUAUGGACACAUUUGAGUUGUGUCCUGAAACAGACAGUGAGGUAGUGGUUCACAGUGCAGUAACAGCAGCUGAACUACCUCAUGCUGCCAGUUCUGAUCUGCUCUACAUCAUGAAACUUGAGGAAAUACCAGACACUACCUGCUGGCCAGGAAAAGUCCUUUACCUUAUGAGUGUGAGCUUUUCAGACAAACAACAAUGGGCAGCAGCACUUGAAGCUGUUGUGAAGAAAAAAAACACUAAUAAUAAACAGAUGCAAAAUGGUUUGUUUUAUUUAUUCUCUUUCUCCCCCCUUCUCUCUCUUUCUCCCCUUCUCUCUCUUUCUCCCCCUUCUCUCUCUUUCUCCCCCCCUUCUCUCUCUUUCUCCCCCCUUCUCUCUCCCUCUCCUUCUCUCUCCCUCCCUCUCCUUCUCUCUCUCUCCUUCUCCUUCUCUCUCCCUCCUUCUCCCUUCUCUCUCCCUCCUUCUCCUUCUCUCUCCCUCUCCUUCUCUCUCUCUCCUUCUCUCUCUCUCUCUCCUUCUCUCUCUCCCUCUCCUUCUCUCUCUCUCUCCCUCUCCUUCUCUCUCUCUCUCUCCCUCUCCUUUCUCUCUCUCUCCCUCUCCUUCUCUCUCUCUCCCCUCUCCUUCUCUCUCUCUCUCCCUCUCCUUCUCUCUCUCUCUCCCUCUCCUUCUCUCUCUCUCUCUCUCCCUUCUCUCUCUCUCUCCCUCUCCUUCUCUCUCUCUCCCUCUCCUUCUCUCUCCCUCUCCUUCUCUCUCUCUCUCCCUCUCCUUCUCUCUCCCUCUCCUUCUCUCUCUCUCUCCCUUCUCUCUCUCUCUCCCUCUCCUUCUCUCUCUCCCUCUCCUUCUCCUCUCCUUCUCCUCUCCUUCUCUCUCCCUCCUUCUCUCUCUCUCCCUCCUUCUCUCUCUCCUCCUUCUCUCUCUCUCCCUCCUCUCUCUCUCUCCCUCCUUCUCAAUAACAAAUUGCUACACACAGUUAUUCUUCAGUUAGAGAAUGAGAGCAAAAUUGAAUUAAACUGUUCUUUGCUUCUUAAUAAACAGUUGUUACUGCUUGGUGGAGAAGAAGGUCUUUUCAUAACAGAAGUACAAAAUUCUUCCUAUUCUCUCUAUAGUCCUCCCAUAAAGAUUGCUGGAGUCGGAAGUGUUUUUGACAUGACCCUUGUGCCUUCUUUAGGACUUGUUGUUUUGCUUGUUGAAGAGAACCGCAUGUUGAUCACCAUAAAAAAAAAGUGCCUUAAGAAUAAGUUCUUCCAAAAAUCAUCAAGCCAGUCCAACCCGAUUCCAUUUGAGGUGAUUGACAAAGUAAAUCGUUGCACUGUUUUUGAUGUAGGAAUGUGGGAGGAUUAUGCUUAUUUGUGUGCUGGAAUGAUUGAUAAAAUUAUUCUCAUGAAAUACAACCAAGGACUGGAUAAAUUUUGCCUCAGAAAGGAAUUUACCUCUCUGGUUGAACCCUGCAGUUGUGUUUGUAUAGCAGAGAGUUUUGCUAUAAUUGGCACUAACAGAUUUCAGUACAUAGACUUUGAACAUCCAAUGUUAAAAGAUUAUGUUGACAGCAGGGAUGUCUCUUUGAACUUUGCUGCUAAAAAUAAAAGCUUCCCAUUAGACGUCCUGAAAAUUUCUCCUGCAGGAGCACCACAGGAGUUUCUGUUGUGUUUCAAUGAAUUUGGUGUGUUUGUUGAUUCAAAAGGUAGCAGAAGCCGUAUGAAUAACAUGAGAUGGAGUGGACUUCCUUUGGCAUUUGCUUACCAUGACCCUUACUUAUUUGUAACCUACUUCAACUGUGUACAGGCCACAGCCAUCCCCAUGAGCAGGAAUGCUAUCAAGGGCAAACAAAUGACGUUUAUCCGAGUGCGGCCUCGAUAUCUUGGAAAAGCCCAAGGAAAAGGAGCAGCUUUCUUUGCCUACAUAUCUCAAAAGAAGACAGAAAUGGUGUGUUUGAAGGCUUUGAAUGGACAUAGUGAAGAUUCUGAUAGUGCACAUGACCCUAAUCCUGAUGAUGAUGCUCUUCCAGGUCCCCAAAGACAUGUACGGUUUGUCAGUCCCGAAAAAUCGAAACGCAUUAGGAAAAGUUCUUCGUGGUCUUCCUUCGAUGGUCUUGAACCCAACGAUGGGAAUUCCACGAACCAUUCCUCGGACUAUUCGAAGUAUCUUUAUUUUUCAUUUAUUCAAAAAAUGUUUUUCCUUUUCCUCUUAUCACUUUCUUUUUUUCUUCUAUUCCUCUUUUUUUUUUCCUUCUAUUCCUCCUUUUUUUUCUUCUCUUCCUCCUUUUUUUUUCCUUCCUCUUUUUUCUUUUUCUUCUCUUCCUCUUUUUUCUUUUUCUUCUCUUCCUCUUUUUUCUUUUUCUUCUCUUCCUCUUUUUUCUUUUUCUUCUCUUCCUCUUUUUCUUUUUCUUCUCUUCAGGACUGA